AGAGGCGGCCCGGGGCGCCGCGGCGAUGCUGAGCCGCCCGGGGCGGCCCCCGCUCCGCUGAGGCCGCGUGUCAGGGAGGCGGCGGCGGCGGCGGUGGCGUCCUCGCCCCGUGCCCGCCGCCAGGCCGCCGCCAUGAGCCAGAGCGCCGGCUCGCGCCUCGCCGACUCGCCGCAGCUCUCCAAGGGCUCCCUGCUCACCAUCCUGGGCAGCGCGCACGCCGAGCGCGCCAGCCUGGCCGAGUCGGGGCCGCCCCCGACGCCGCCGAGCGGCACGCCGUCGCCCGGCCCGCCGCAGCUGCCCCUGCUGGGCGCCGCCUGCCUCGAGGGCGACUGGGAGAGCCGCGAGGAGCUGCGGCUGCGCGAGCUGGAGGAGGCGCGGGCCCGCGCCGCCCAGAUGGAGAAGACCAUGCGCUGGUGGUCGGACUGCACGGCCAACUGGCGGGAGAAGUGGAGCAAGGUGCGGGCCGAGCGCAACAAGGCGCGCGAGGAGGUGCGCCAGCUGCGCCACAAGCUGGAGACGCUCACCAAGGAGCUGACGGGCCUCAAGCGGGAGCGGCAGGAGGUGCUCAACGAGAACGAGCAGCUGGGCAAGGAGGUGGCGCGCCUCAAGGGCGAGGAGGAGAAGGAGAAGGAGAUGGACAACCGGGUGGCCUCCGAGAAGGAGAGCGAGGCCGCCCCCGAGCAGGAGCCCGUGCGAGAUGUGGGCUCUGACAAGCCGGCCAAGAACAAGGAGUUUGAGCUGAUGGAAAACAUCCUGAAGAGCAAACAGGACGGGUCUGAGUGCUGGGAGCAGCGGAGCACCGUGAGCGUACGGACCUCCUUCACCCGCCAGGAGAGGAACCGCCUGCUCUGGGAGGACAUGAGUGUCAUUGAGGAGGACGCCACCAAAGUGACCGCCCUGAAGCUAAGGCUGGACGAGUCCCAGAAAGUGCUGCUCAAGGAGCGGGAGGACAAGCUGGCGCUCAGCAAGAGCAUUGAGAAGCUGGAGGGCGAGCUCAGCCAGUGGAAAAUCAAGUAUGAGGAGCUGAACAAGAACAAGCAGGAGGUGAUGAAGCAGCUGAACAUCCUGAAGGAGAUCCACCAGGACGAGCUGGGACGCAUCUCAGAGGACCUGGAAGAUGAGCUGGGCGCCCGCUCCAGCAUGGACAAGAAGCUGGCUGAGCUGCGCACGGAGAUGGAGCGACUGCAGGCAGAGAACGCGGCUGAGUGGGGCAAGCGGGAGCGCUUGGAGACCGAGAAGCUCAACCUGGAGCGGGAGAACAAGAAGCUGCGGGCACAAAUCGAGGACCUGGAGGAGGUGCUGGCUCGGAAGCGGCGUCAGACAGCCAGUGCCCUGGACACCGACCUCAAAACCAUCCAGACUGAGCUCUUCGAGAAGAACAAGGAGCUGGCUGACCUGAAGCAUGUCCACAUGAAGCUGAAGAAGCAGUACCAGGAGAAGAUGGCUGAGCUGGCCCACGCCAACCGCCGUGUGGAGCAGCAUGAAGGUGAGGUGAAGAAACUGCGCCUGAGAGUGGAGGAGCUGAAGAAGGAGCUGGCCCAAGCUGAGGAUGAGCUGGACGAGGCCCACAACCAGACGCGGAAGCUGCAGCGGUCACUGGACGAGCAGACAGAGCAGAGCGAGAACUUCCAGGUGCAGCUGGAGCACCUGCAGUCCCGGCUGCGGCGGCAGCAGAACGCCCCGCUCUUCGGGAAGAUGCGCGGCACCCGCUUUGGCCCCGACGACCCCGGAGACGGCACCAGCGACCCGGACGAGGACGAGGACCUGCAGAUCCAGGUUCCCUAGCGCCCGGGGCUGCGGCGCGAGGCGGGUCAGGUGUUCCCUGGCCGUGGCCUGGGUUUUUGCGAACUGGACCCGAGGCCGAGUGGGAUGCAAGGGCUGCCCGCGAUGGGGCCGUGCCGUGGUGGUUCUCCUCGCCCGACAAGUGCCUGCCACCACGGGGCUCGUCCCAAACCUUUGCGCCACCCAGCCUUCGCUGCAAACAGCCGCAGUCUGCCUUACGGAUGGGGAAACUGAGGCACAGAGCAGCGGGGAGGAACUUGCCCGGUCUGAUAGCCCCAAACCCGCUGCCUCUCGGCCAGCCUGCCUGUGCUCCAUCAGCCGCCGGCUCCUCUCGGGACACGGCCGUGGACACCAAAAUAAGCAUCACCUGAGUAGACCACGAGGAGGAAACGCAAGCUGGAGAGAGGAUGGAGAGAGGACCGAGCUAACCUGGACAGACCUGGUCCCUGGAGCCAGCUAGAUUGAUCCUGUCUACUUUAUAUAUAUAUAUAUAUAUAUAUAUAUAUAUAUAUAUAUAUAUAUUAUAUAUAUGUAUGUAUUUGUAUAUGUUUUCUUUUAUUAUUAUUAUAAAUAUACAGCUGAGAGGG